GAUAAAUAAAUACAUAUAAUGACCUGUGCACAUUUGUAAAUCAUACGAUAGCAAUGGUAUAGGCUCAGGGACAGUUAUAUCGACACUUUACACUUAAAAAGUAUACUUUUCGUACUUUUGCUCAAGACUUUUACCUCAUUGAAGGACAUAAUUGAGUACAAAAUCAGUGCAAACAACCAGUGCUUCAAUCCUAUCAUUCAUACAAAUCUGAAGCAUUGUGUGAAUGGCUGAACACUUAUCGUACGAUUUCAUUGUAUUUCAAUAAGUCUUACGUAAAAAGUGUAAUAAAUUUAUGCAUUAUUUGUGCCAAUCAUUAGUGAAACGCCGAUUGAGUCCAUACUUGCAGUUAAUACAGACCUCGAGAGCCAUGAUCUUCACGGGAGAGUUGGACCGCUAUAAAGGUCUUCACAUUAAGUUAGGACACGAGACCAUAGUAUCCGCUCAAGAGUUUGAGGCAUCGCUCAAAGAAUCUCUGGAGGAAUGGAUCCAAAAGCAAUACCGGGUCUCGUGGUUUCAAAUUGGGUUACAAUUAACGCAAUAUAUCCCCUCAUUAGUCAAAUUUGGUUACGUAUUCCAUCACUCAAAGCCGGAUUACGUGGUGAUGAAUAAAUGGCUGUCCAAUGAGCCCAAGAAUAUUCCGGACUACGCCCACACUAACAUCGGCGUCGGAGGGCUGGUAGUCGAUGACAAGGACCGGGUGCUUGUGGUGAAGGAGAAGCACUUUUUCGGACCGCAACAGAUCUGGAAAUUUCCGGGCGGUUACGCCAUUCAGGGCGAGGACUUCGGACAGACAGCCGUCCGGGAAGUGCUCGAAGAGACGGGCAUUGAAUGCGAGUUCCAGUCAGUGAUAGCCUUUCGACACAUCCAUCGGUUCGCCUUCGACUGCAGCGAUGUCUACAUUGUCUGCCAUUUGAAGCCCAAAGCCGGCAGUGAUUCAGAUGGAAGUGAUGGCAGUGGACUGGUGGUGAAGAAGUGCGCGUACGAGAUAGACGACUGCACCUGGAUGUCCAUCCCGGAGCUCAAACCACAGUUGACUCAAUUCAAUGCUCAUAUACUCGAGAAGUUUCUGUCGUAUAGGGAAAUGGGUGUCAAAAUCGGUUUAGAGUCCAUUCCAGCGAUUAUCAGGAAUAUUGAUCAACAAACCUAUUCCAUACACAAAGUUCUUUGA